AUGCCAGAACACCCUCAAGCUCCCAGACAGUGGGUGUUUGUGGUGAACCCAGAACAUAAAUGGACGUUUACAUUGUGCCAACACAGACAACUCAGGAAUUUUGAGCCAAAGGUAAAAAGUACACAGCGAGGAAGACCACGAGCCUUUGCGAGGAGGACUACGAGCCUUCAUCCAGAAGACCCCCAUAGACGACCACCAGAUGACACUGCGCAGGCGCUGAAGAGGGGUGGACUCCCCCGCGAGCGGAGCAACGGCCUCCCGCGCCGCCCUUCAGGCAGGCCUCCCGCAAACCGCCCUUCGCAGCGCCUGACUUCCAUUAACGACGAUGCUUACCAAGCUCCACGGCUUACCAGGCCCUACGAACGACGGCAAAACCCGUCGCUGCCGCCUCCCGCCAGUGAUACAGAUUCAGAUAGUUCGUCAACGACAUCCUCCUCUUCGUGUUCUCCUUCAACAGUAUCUGAUGAAGAUGAUCAUCCGAAUGGGAAGGACAACAGAUCUUACUGUGUUAAAACAAAAGAUGAGUUGCCUAUUGAUGACCUGCCUCCUGUUGAAGACUUAUCAGUAAUUCUGCCUGAUGAUGUUGAACUGAAGCUCUUUGGGACAGUUUCCAGCAUUAUUGAGCAGUUAGUAGUAAUUGAAUCAUUGAGAGGCCUACCUCCAGUAAAUGAGGAAAGCAUAAUUUUUAAAGAAGAUCGGCAAGCAGCAGGAAAGGUAUUUGAGAUAUUUGGUCCUGUUUUACAUCCCUUUUAUGUGUUAAGAUUUAACAGCUCUGACCAUAUCAAAGCGAAAGGUAUUAAUGUGCAAGAUAGAAUGUAUUUUGCUCCAUCAGUGGAGGACUUCACCCAGUAUAUAUUUGCAGAGAAACUAAAACAGGAAAAAGGUUCAGAUGCAUCUUGGAAGAAUGACCAAGAACCACCACCUGAAGCCUUGGAUUUCAGUGAUGACGAAAAAGAAAGAGAGGCAAAACAGAAGAAAAAGAAGCCUCAAAGUCAAGGAAGGAAGAAACUCAAAUCAGAAACAAAUGCAUCAAGUGAGAAUAAAGGAUUUCAUCAGUCAGUGCAACACCCUGCUUCAAGUUAUUCAAGGGGAUACCAUGGCAGAGGGUUCUCCAGGGAUCCGUUUCCUCCUCCAUCAGGCCCUCCAGGUUUUUGGAGACCACAAGUAAGACCACCACAGCUGUACUCUUCAGACAACAGAAUAUAUCAAGAGUCUCCAGUGUUUCCACAGCUGCAUAGGAAAGAAAAUCCAAUGGUGCAACAAUAUCCCUUUCCUCCUCCAGUUUUUGGUUCUGUUAAUGAGGUGCAUCAAUUCCACCUUCCGCCUUCAAAUCUGAAUAUGAUUUGGACGGGCCCAAACAUGUACAACUCAUCAUACCCAUUUUUACCACCGCCACCGCCACCUCCUCCACCUCCUCCAGAUAGCCAUCCUUCUCAGUUCAAGCCUUACUAA